AUGGCACUCGCUCCAUCCAGAAUGCUCUCCAGAAGCAGAGCAAUGUCGCGCGCAAGCGAUGUCUGCUACCAAUGCCGCCGUUCCUACGCUGUUGCGCCCUCAGUAACCUCAAUGCCGGCCUCGCCUCUGUUGUUCAAACUCAAGGGAGACCUCAAGACAGCCAUGAAGGAGAAGGAUACGAAUCGACUGAAUGUCUUGCGGGGCAUCAUCGCUGAUGUCACGAACUCGUCCAAGACAUCGAAUCCCAUCAAGACAGACAUGCAGCUGGUAAGGGACAUGUAAAGAGCUCGCGAGGUAGGAACAUCCAAGGCUGAUAGGUCUUUACUCGGUAGGUGUCACUCUUGAGGAAACGGAUGGCUGCAGCAAAAGAGGCGUCGAACGAUUUUCAAGCAGCCGGACGCGAUGACCUGGUUGAAAAGGAGCAGGCUCAGGCAGCGGUGUUUGAAGAGUAUGCCGGAAGUGUGGAGACAUUGUCUGAGGACGACAUCAAGAGUGCCGUCACCAAAGUCGUGGACGAGAUGACCGCUGUCGCUCAAGGCAAGGUCAAUAUGGGCGAUGCGUUGAAGAAGCUCCUAGGUGCUGGAGGAAGUCUUGAGGGCAAGAAUGUGGACAGAUCAGAGGUCGCCAGGGUUGUGAAGCAGGUCCUGGGACAAAAAACCAACAUUUGA